CACUUUUUAACGACCAUAUAGAAACCAUAGAUUCGCAGGGACUCGAAUGGAUGUUGCGUAGGCAGGGACUGUUGUGCUUGGGAAAGGUAAACAAAAUGUCCGAUAAUUUUGAGGGCAGCACAUGCACCAAAUAUGCUAUCAUCACAUACUAACAGACACACACAACAACUGAUGUUCUUACGGACUACAAUGCAUUAGAAAACCACCUCAUCUGAUUUUUUUUCGCUGCCAUCCCAGGCAACUGUGAUAGAAAGUGCAUAUUAGGGGCGUUCUUGACAAGCGAGUUUUGUCUUUCUUUGUUGAUAGAAGUCACGAUUUUGAAAUUUUGUUUUUGCGUACUCUGUGUCUUGUGCAAAUAGUCAGUCGUUCGUUAUCUUGGAUAUGUUUUUGGCACAACGUCGUUGAAUUCAGCGUGUUCAUAGAUCACAUCGGUUGUGCUGAAACAUCGGAUUAACCUGAACUUAUCGUUUAUCAUGGAUCAUUCUCACCACGUCAACGAUGCGCCCCAAAAUCCUCAAUUACCACCCGCCAAUCCUCACAUGGACCAUUCCAGCCACACAGACCACUCUAUGCCUGUGGAAAUGGAUCACUCUAUGAUGAUGAUGAAGAUGUAUUUUCACGGAGGUUACGAAGAGGUGAUCCUGUUUGAUUUUUGGCGGAUCAGCACCAUUUGGGGCCUCUUGGGCUCCAUGGUGGCCGUAUUUAUUCUCAGUGUGGCUUAUGAAGGCAUCAAGUUACUGCGCGAGUAUCUCUUUCGCAAAUUUAUGCAACCCGCCGGGUCUUACAAUGCUCUCUCUCCAGCCCCAACCCACCAGAGUAAUCCCAUGGGCGAGGCGGCCUCCACCUCGUCUGUGGAACAAGUGGAGUCCCCUGCCCCGCAAAUGAACCCGGAAUCCAUCGCCAUCCGAACCAUUGAGACCCGUAUGUGGUCCCAAGGGCACCUGAUUCUUACCUUCCUGCACAUGAUCCAAGUUACAUUGGCGUACAUACUCAUGCUCGUGUUCAUGACGUACAACAGUUGGCUAUGUUUGGCCGUGGUGUUGGGCUUUACCACGGGCUAUUUUCUGUUUGGAUGGCGGAAAAUGGUGGUGUUUGAUGAACCUGAUCAUUGCCAUUGACGCAAGGAGGGUUGGGAUUGGAUCCGUGGCCGUCCAGAGCCCAAAAUCAAGCUAGUAUGAACUCUAGAAUCUGUUUUAGUGAUUGUUGAAUGAGUGCUAAUCUAAUCAAACUGUAUGAAUCAGUAAACCCGUAUAGCUGGAUGGCUGGAAACGAUAAUAAACGAUCCAACAACCAGGCAAGGGAGCAAGUGUCCGC